AUGAUUCGUCAGCGACGAACACUUGAAGGUGAAAUAAUUCCUCAUCAAAUCUAUGAUAUGGAAUUACCACACUUACGUAAUGAUCAAUUAUUUUUUCCUCAACCAACUAUUGUUGAACAUAUUAUUAAUUCACGUAGUCCACUUUAUGGUGAACAAAAUAAUCGCUUAAUAAUCUAUCGUGAUUAUCAAUCUUAUCAAACUUAUCCUAUUGAAUAUCAAAAACAAGAAAUCAAUAAACAUAUUCAGAUUUUACAACAAUGGCUCGAAAAUAAUAUCGAAAAAGAUUCAAUUAAUGAUGAAACAGAUAUCUAUUUUGAUUGUGCUGACCAACAAGAAUUCGGCAACGAUGUUGUCAAUCAAAAUUUAGCAAUCAAAGGUCAAGAUCAUUUAUACGAUAAUAAUCUUGUUCAAAUAUCUACUACUGAUCAGUCAUGGAUCUCGGAGAUUUGGUUAUCAAUACAUCGAAGAACUGGUCUUUUACGUCGUUUUCUCAAUUGUUUUAAUCAAUCUAGUGAGCGAUCAUUAACAAAUAUAGUUGAAGAAUUCGUUCGUAUACACGGUGGAAGUUUUAAUCAUCCCAUUGGUUCUCGUUCUAAUUAUGAAUAUUAUACAAUUAAUAAAAAUGUAUCGAAAUGA